AGGAAGGAGGGAGGGAGCGGCCAUCUUGUUGUCGCGUCGCUGUUGCUGCCGCUGCCGUCGCCGCCGCCUCCCAGGCCGCCAUCGUCCCGAAAGGAGCCAGCGGCCGAGGGCGGAGGCGCGGGAGCGCGAGAGCGGAGGGGGGAGCCCAGGGGCCGCAGCCGGGGGAAGGAAGGAGCCACAGCCGGGCGCGGGCGGAUUGAAGUGAAUGAUUUGGGAUAGAACUCAAGUUUGUUAGAAGACUUUUUAAAAAAAGAGUUGUUCCACAUUGCAUCAGCGCAAGUGACUGCUUUACUCUUGAGUGACUUUACAGGUGCUUGCCUUCGUUGCAAUAAAAGGACUCAACCUAUUGAGCAGGACCUAAUUUAUCUCUUCAUCUUGGAGAGCCUAAUAAACUAUUACAGUUUCCGUACUCAAAAAGGAAAGUUUUGAAGUUGCAAAAGACACUUUGGCAGAUCCAAACAUGAGUACGGCCAGAACAGAGAACCCUGUUAUAAUGGGUCUCGCCAGCCAGAACGGACAGCUCCGGGGCCCCGUCAAGCCCAGCGGGGGCCCAGGUGGCGGAGGGGGCACGCAGGGCCAACCCCAGAUCAACCCGCUGAAGCACCCCAACGCCAUCAACAACGGCACCCAGCAGCAAGCACAGAGCAUGGCCUCCACCAUCAAACCUGGCGAUGACUGGAAGAAGACUUUAAAACUCCCUCCAAAAGAUCUGAGAAUCAAAACUUCGGAUGUGACAUCCACUAAAGGAAAUGAAUUUGAAGAUUACUGCCUAAAGCGGGAAUUGCUGAUGGGAAUUUUUGAAAUGGGCUGGGAGAAACCAUCUCCUAUUCAGGAGGAGAGCAUCCCCAUUGCUUUGUCUGGAAGAGACAUCUUGGCUAGAGCGAAGAACGGAACCGGCAAGAGUGGCGCCUACCUCAUUCCCUUACUUGAACGGCUGGACUUAAAAAAGGACUACAUACAAGCAAUGGUGAUCGUUCCCACACGAGAACUUGCUCUGCAGGUCAGCCAGAUCUGCAUCCAGGUCAGCAAACACAUGGGAGGGGCCAAAGUGAUGGCCACCACCGGAGGCACCAACCUGCGUGACGACAUCAUGCGGCUGGACGACACAGUGCAUGUGGUGAUUGCCACGCCGGGGAGGAUUCUGGAUCUCAUCAAGAAAGGAGUGGCAAAGGUGGACCACAUCCAGAUGAUCGUCCUAGAUGAGGCAGACAAAUUGCUCUCCCAAGAUUUUGUUCAGAUAAUGGAGGACAUUAUCCUCACGCUCCCCAAAAACAGGCAGAUCUUGCUCUACUCUGCCACAUUCCCUCUCAGUGUACAGAAGUUUAUGAAUUCCCACUUGCAGAAACCCUAUGAGAUUAAUUUGAUGGAGGAGCUGACCCUGAAGGGAGUGACCCAGUACUACGCCUACGUGACCGAGCGCCAGAAAGUGCAUUGUCUCAACACACUCUUCUCCAGGCUCCAAAUCAACCAGUCGAUCAUCUUCUGCAACUCUUCCCAAAGGGUCGAACUGCUAGCGAAGAAAAUCUCCCAGCUGGGAUAUUCGUGUUUCUACAUACAUGCAAAGAUGAGACAGGAGCACCGCAAUCGCGUGUUCCACGAUUUCCGGAAUGGCUUAUGCCGCAAUCUCGUUUGCACUGACCUGUUUACCCGAGGUAUUGAUAUCCAAGCUGUGAAUGUUGUGAUAAACUUUGAUUUUCCAAAGCUGGCAGAGACAUAUCUCCACCGUAUUGGCAGAUCAGGGCGAUUUGGCCACCUCGGCCUGGCCAUCAACUUGAUCACCUACGAUGAUCGAUUCAACCUGAAAAGUAUUGAAGAGCAGCUGGGGACAGAGAUCAAGCCCAUCCCCAGCAACAUCGACAAGAGCCUGUACGUGGCGGAAUACCACAGCGAGCCCGGAGAAGACGGAAAAGCGUAAGGGCCGCGCUGCGCUUAAACACUCAAGCAAAAAGAGCCCUUUGAUCUGGACAUGUGAUGCAUCCUUUCUUUGGGGAAGCCCUUCUCUUUGUGGGUUAUUUUUUUCAUCUUUAUUUUGUUUGUUUGUUUGGAACUAUGAAGAUUAAAGAGCUGAGAUCCCCCUUUUUCCCUAUUUUUUUUUUAAUUUGGCUGUGAGGACGAAAGCAGAAGACAGGACGGAAAUACCUUUUUGUUUUCCCCACACGUUCGUUGCACUGUGUGCCGACUGGACAUUGGUUGCACUAACUGCUGGUUUUAAUUUCUUUCUUUGUGGCGGAGAAGAAGAAGCCGAAGAAGCCGAACUCUGAGCAGAGGAGACUCCCAAACUCCCCCCAGACAGAGCUUUCCUUGCAAUGAUUCCAGGUCCAACCCCUGAGUGCAUUUCAACUUCUCCCCGGCUCCUCAUCUGUCUUCUGAGCUAAAGAGCUUGUUACUUAUUUGUGCAAAGUGCCUUAUGCUACGAGACCAUUCAGAAUAUAUCACCUUUCAGAGAUCAACAGCCCAAGGAGUCCUUUUGGUUCAGGUCAACAGCUCCCCUCUCCGCCCCUUCCUCCCUUCCCUUCCCUUCUGCAGACAAGCCGGGCCCGGAGGCGGCGACCCUUGUCCAAAACACACAGACACACACACACACAAAUCCCCUUUUUGCUUUUUCGUUCGACCUUUUUUAAAAAGCAAAACACAAUGGAGGAGUUGAGACGCAGUUGCCGUUCACCCACUUUGUAAAUAACCUGUAUUUAAGCGAAGCAACCUGGACCGCCUGGGUCGAUGGAGCGGAGGAAAGAGCCACUUGCCAGGAGCUUCGGCCUCGACGGGAACACUGCCCUCGAACGACUGGUCCCUCCCUCCGAGUCUCCUUUGGCGGCCCUUGCGAGGUAGACUCGUCUCAGAACCGUGGGGGGCGGUCUUUCCUCUCUGAAGCGGGCUCUGCUGAGAAUUGGAUGUGUAUACUUGUAUAGACUCUGUAAAUAAGUGUUUGUUUUUUUUCUUC